AAAGGAAAUAGUCAAAACAGAUUCCAGUUUGAAUUCAAUUAGGAUUUUGUUUAUCAAAUAUAUCACGGUCAAGUCCUCUCCUGGUGGCCCAAAGGUUUUGAAAUCUUAUAGAAGAGGGUCUUCUUUCUGGUUUGCCGACUUCUCAAUUUGUACUGAUGUUUGCAUCCUUUCCAAGCAUCAUUGCUCUUAUAUAUGUAAAUACAUGUGAACAACGGCACAUACACAAAGCAACAUGCUAGUGCAAGCUUAUAACCUAAUGGCUCAUGCCUUCCUUCUCUUCUUCUUAUUCUCUUGCAUUAUAUCUACAAAUAUUCAUGCCUGCAAAAAAACUGAACACAGCUCCCUCCUGUCCCUUGCCUCCACUCUAUCUUCUCCUCCUUUAAAUUGGACAUCCCUUGAUUGCUGUCGUUGGAGGGGCAUCACUUGUGAUCAAGAUGGUUGGGUCACCCAUUUGCUCUUGCCUUCCAAAGGGCUCAAAGGAGGUAUCUCUCCCUCUUCACUUAGAAAUCUCACACAUCUCACCCACUUGAACCUUUCCCACAAUUCACUAUAUGGUUCACUUGAAACUCAGUUCUUCUUGUCUUUGAAUCGACUUGAGAUCCUUGAUUUGAGCUAUAACCGUCUUUCUGGAGAGCUACCACUUUCUCUACCAUCCAGCAGUAUCCAGACAGUUGAUUUGUCCAGCAAUCACUUCUUUGGUGCAAUUCCAUCUUCAUUCUUCCAACAAGCAAGCAACUUAACUAGUUUCAAUGUCAGCAACAAUAGCUUCACAGGGUAUGUCCCAUCUUCUAUUUGUCUUCAACAUUCUUCUCCCUUCCUUAGGCUAUUGGAUUUUUCUUCCAAUGUAUUCAGUGGCAACCUCGCUCCUGGGCUAGGAAAGUGUUCCAAAUUGCAGGUUUUUCGUGCCGGUCAUAAUAACCUCUCGGGAUUAUUUCCAGAAGAUAUCUAUAAUGCCACCAAACUUGAAGAAAUUGCAUUACCUCUCAAUUCACUACAUGGAGCCAUUAGUGAUAGAAUUGCCAACCUCACUAACCUUGCAAUCCUUGACCUCUACUUUAAUCAAUUGAAUGGCGAGCUUCCUCACAAUUUGGGGAAGCUCUCCAAGUUGAAAUUGGUGACCCUUGAUUUCAACAAUUUAGAAGGUUCUUUGCCCCAGUCUUUGAUAAAUUGCACAAACCUUGUAGAACUGCAUUUGUUAAACAACAACUUGGAAGGAGAUAUCUCCAUGCUUGAUUUCUCCAGACUGAGUCAACUUACUAAACUUGACCUCAGGUGGAAUAACUUCACUGGUACGGUUCCUGUAAGCCUUUACUCAUGUCGGUCGUUAAAAGCCAUUGGAUUGAGUAGAAAUCAUCUAGAGGGACAAAUACAAGCUGAAAUUAUUUCAUUGAAAUCCUUGUCCUUCCUCUGCCUUGGUCACAACCGAUUCACCAACCUCACAGGGGCAAUGAAGAUAUUAAUGAGUUGCAAAAGUCUUCACGUACUCAUGCUUGAUGGUGCCUUUAAAGGUGAGGGAAUGCCAUCUGAUGAUGACAUGGUUGAUUUUGAUGGAUUCCAAAAUCUUCGGUUAUUGAGUUUGUUUAAUUCUGACCUCACUGGUCAAAUGCCUGUAUGGUUAUCAAAGCUCAAGAAUCUAGAGAUCUUGCGACUGGAUUUUAAUCAAAUCACAGGGCCAAUUCCAAGUUGGUUGGGGACUCUGCCUAGACUGUUUCAUAUCUACUUGUCAGAGAACCAAUUUUCAGGUGAAUUUCCAAAGCAACUUUGUAGACUACCAAGGUUGGUAUAUAAACCUAAUAUUUCAUCUCAAUUAGACGACACUGGUUAUGAAUUUGAAUUGCCUAUCUUCAGCAGCAGCAACUUCGGCAUAUACACAAAGCAAACUGUUCUACAACAAAAAAUGUCUUCUGUUCCAGCAAUGAUACGCUUAUCUAACAAUAACAUUAGUGGUUAUAUACCUGCUGAGAUCGGCCAAUUACAUCUUCUCCGCUUGCUUUUUCUUGACUCCAACACCUUCUCUGGCGUCAUUCCAGACCAAAUAUCUAACCUAAAAAAUUUAGAGAUUUUAGACCUCUCCAUGAAUCACUUGUCUGGAAUAAUCCCAUCAUCAUUGGCGAGCCUUAAUUUCUUAAAAGAAUUUAAUGUCUCAUAUAAUAACCUCGAAGGAUCGAUACCAACAGGCACCCAGCUCCAAAGCUUCGAAGCUUCUGCGUUUGAGGGGAACCCAAAACUUUGUGGUGCCCCACUUCCAAAUAACUGCGGACCAAAUAAGGACAUGGAUGUAGAUAACAAGAACAAUAAAGACGUGGAAAAUGUGAUUCCAUGGUUUUAUGUCUUUGCAGCAUCGGGAUUCAUAGUAGGAUUUUGGGGAGUUUGUGGUUCUUUAGUUAUUAACAAGACAUGGAGAUAUACGUAUUUUCGAUUCAUAGACAAUCUACAAGAUAUGCUCCUCUAUUUGAUGAUAACAGUCCCCCUCAACAUGAUGAAAAGAGGGGUUAGAGGCUAG